GUUCUUAUUUUAGUCGUUGGAGGGGAAAAGACGAGCUGUUGUUGACGUUCGCCGAGCCCCGCCCCCGCCAUUUCCUGACUGCCAGCCGCUUGCUCGCAUCCUUCGUCCACUCGGCUCUCGUCGUCGGGGGCUGAGGUGAUUCCGCAACAAGCGAACUCUCGUUUUUAUUUCCCCCGUCGACCUUCGUCGCUCGUGAAAUUCGACUCCGAGCCUUACGGCGAGCAAGAAGGGGCGAGGGGGUCCCACGAUGGAGGAACUUCACGACGUGCAGCUGACAGAGAUCAAACCGCUCCUGACGACGCAGAAUGGCAGAAACCUGCAGGACUUCAACUGUCAGGAGUACGACGUGGAAACGACUCACUGCGCACUGCACGUGACCGUGAGAGGCAUCAUCGCGAAGGGCAACCGCCCCACCAUCCUCACCUACCACGACGUCGGACUCAACCAUAAGUCGUGCUUCAACAGCCUGUUUAACUACGAGGACAUGCAGGAAGUGACUCGCCACUUCUCGGUGAUGCACGUCGACGCUCCGGGACAACAGGAGAACGCCCCCGCCUUCCCCAAUGGGUACCAGUAUCCAUCGAUGGACGAGCUGGCCGCCAUGCUGCCGUCCGUCCUUACACAGCUUCAGGUAACCAGCGUGAUCGGCAUUGGGGUCGGCGCCGGAGCGUACAUCCUCAGCAAACUGGCUUUGAAUGAACCCAGUCUGGUGGAGGGCUUAGUUCUGAUCAAUAUUGAUCCCUGCGCCAAGGGCUGGAUGGACUGGGCUGUAUCCAAGGUGAGCGGCUGGACCAGCAACCUGGUAGACCUCGUCAUGGCGCACCACUUCAGCGCGGACGAGUUAGCAGAGAACAAAGAGCUCAUCCAGACUUACCGGCUUCACAUUUCUCAGGACAUUCCGCUGGACAACUUGGCAAUGUUUUACUGCAGCUACGACAGCCGGAGCGAGUUGCAGAUGGAGCGUCCCGUGCCUGGUUUGAAUGACGACACAGUCGACACCCUCAGGUGUCCCGCCCUGCUGGUCGUUGGAGACGCUUCACCCGCCGUCGACGCUGUGGUGGAGUGUAAUUCCAGACUGGACCCAACCAAGAGCACCCUGCUCAAGAUGGCAGACUGUGGAGGACUUCCGCAAGUGGUGCAGCCUGGAAAACUGUCAGAGGCCUUCAAGUAUUUUGUGCAGGGGAUGGGCUACAUGCCCACAGCCGGCAUGACCCGCUUGGUUCGCUCCAGGACUCACUCGGCCUCCAGCGUGGGCACCGGCGACGGCGUCCGGACUCGCGCUUCCACCGGCACACCGCCAGAGGGCGCCGCGCCCACCAGCCCCUAACGCCACCGGCGUACCUCCGGCCAGGAAGGAACUCCGUGUGCCGUUACGCCGUCGUCGUUGACGUCUCUCUCUCUCCGAUUAGCCCAGCGAGUUCUCGGAAUGAAGCGGAGGCAAAGGCAAUCUUGACUUUCUUCCUCCCUCCCUCCGGCCCCGCCUGCGUUCACUGUGGCGAUGCUGAAGAUGGCGUUCACGUGAGGUGGUGGGGGCCAUUUUUUGUUGUCGUCGUUUUGUUUUCAUUCAGUGGCGGCUUGUUUUCGCGUAGCUUCAGUUUGGGGCCGAUUUAUUUAUUAGAUAUGAUUUUUUUAGUUCAGCGUUGUGAAUACCCAUGUGGAAUUGCUUGUUUUUAAUCAUUCUUCUUUGGGGAGGCCUCAACAUGCCCC